UACGAGCACAGCUGCGGCGCUCUGAUUUGUGGGAGGACGGCCCUCCCGCUUGGACAGAGCGCGCGAAUGCACCCACCACGUCUCUCACAAUCGGCUGCUUCACGUUAGCUGUUAGCUUAGCCUCGUUUUCUGUGCCUUUACGCACCGGGGAUCUGCUGGCACACCAGAGGUGGACCUGAGACAAGGCUUUUUGGCUCCGAAUCUUAAUUGUCCUAAAGUAUCUGUGGGCUGUCAGUUACUCAAGAUACCUGCAAUGGCAGACAAAGAAGCAGGAGCAUUUGACGAUGCGGUGGAGGAGAGGGUGAUAAAUGAGGAGUACAAGAUCUGGAAGAAAAACACUCCAUUCCUCUACGACCUGGUUAUGACCCAUGCUUUAGAGUGGCCCAGCCUCACUGCUCAAUGGCUGCCUGACGUCUCAAGGCCAGAGGGGAAGGAUUACAGUGUGCACCGGCUGGUGUUGGGCACCCACACGUCUGAUGAGCAAAAUCACCUGGUCAUUGCCAGCGUUCAGCUACCCAACGAUGACGCCCAGUUUGAAGCCUCACAUUAUGACAGUGAAAAAGGAGAGUUUGGAGGCUUCGGCUCAGUAAGCGGCAAGAUCGAGAUAGAAAUCAAGAUCAACCACGAAGGAGAAGUGAACCGUGCCCGCUACAUGCCCCAGAACCCCUGCAUCAUCGCCACCAAGACCCCCACCUCAGAAGUGCUGGUGUUUGACUACACCAAGCACCCUUCCAAGCCAGAUGCCUCUGGAGAGUGUCACCCUGAUCUGCGUCUCAGAGGCCAUCAGAAAGAAGGCUACGGUCUCUCCUGGAAUCCAAAUCUGUCCGGCUCUCUCCUUAGUGCUUCAGAUGACCAUACAAUCUGUUUGUGGGACAUAAGUGCUGUGCCAAAGGAGGGGAAGAUAGUAGAGGCGAAGACGAUUUUCACUGGCCACACUGCCGUGGUGGAAGACGUCUCCUGGCACUUGCUUCACGAGUCCCUCUUUGGAUCUGUAGCAGACGACCAGAAGCUCAUGAUUUGGGACACUCGUUCGAACAACACCUCCAAACCCAGCCACGCAGUAGACGCCCACACAGCAGAGGUCAACUGUUUGUCAUUCAACCCUUACAGCGAGUUCAUCCUUGCCUCUGGCUCUGCAGACAAGACCGUGGCUCUUUGGGACUUGAGAAACUUGAAACUGAAGCUGCAUUCCUUCGAGUCGCACAAGGAUGAGAUCUUCCAGGUUCAGUGGUCACCUCACAAUGAGACCAUACUGGCAUCCAGUGGAACAGACCGUCGCCUCAACGUCUGGGACCUCAGUAAAAUCGGAGAAGAGCAGUCACCAGAAGAUGCGGAGGAUGGCCCACCCGAGCUACUGUUUAUCCAUGGAGGCCACACAGCCAAGAUCUCCGACUUCUCCUGGAACCCCAACGAGCCCUGGGUCAUCUGCUCGGUGUCUGAAGACAACAUUAUGCAAGUCUGGCAAAUGGCUGAGAACAUCUACAACGAUGAAGACCCAGAGGGUUCGACAGACCCUGAAGCCACAGCGUAACUCUUCCGCCUGCUGUGUCUUAACCUACAACCUCAUCACAAACUGCCAAACUGCCACCUCUGUACUUCCAUGCAGCUACUCCUCCCCCCCCCCCCAAUCUUCCUUUCUCUACCGUGGGACAAUGAUGCUGUAAAUCACUGUAAAUACAAGAAAGAGAAAUAAUCAUGUGAUCUCUUUUUGAAUACUCGCAGUGAAGAACUCUUUAAACUGAGUAACUUAUUUCCAGAAGAAUCUCACCUUUUUUGUUUUUUUCGCACUGAGUAUAAAAGAUAUAUUUUUGUAAUCAAAUUGGCUCUCCCUUGAACACUGAAAUGUUUUAGCGAAUGCUUUUUCAAUAAUAAAAAAAAAAUAUUUUCUAGAACCUAAGAUGGUGAUCUUACUGUAAGCCCACAACAAGCCUCCCUCUGCACAUGUUGGAUAAAAAGCAAAAUGCAGUUCAGCUUUUUGACAAGAUGCCUAACAUAGUGACAGUUGCUCUGACUUUGAUAGAGGUUGUUUGCAGGCUAGCUUAUGGUCCUAAAAAAAAAAAAAAAAGUCUCAUAUUUUCCCUGCUUUAGUCAGGUCAACCUAAUUGUCCUGGACGCUGAUUUUCGCACCAGCUUUACAAUACAUAAAAUCAGUUCCCACCUCCCCUUACCUUAGUCAUACAUUAAUCAUUUAAAUGUUGUUGUGAUAUAGAUUAGUGGUUGAACUUUUUCUAUGUUCAAUAUUUUGUAUUUGUACAGUGAGUGCAUUCUUAAUAAAAUGUGUUUCAUUGGUC